AUGUUCCGAAUCCUCGAGUCGCAGGCGCCCGUCAAACAAACGGCGACGGACACGAUCAACACCUUGACGAAUAGACUGCAGAGCGCCACACUACUGGAAGAUCGGAGAGCAGCUAUACAAGGGCUGAGGAGCUUCGCGAAAAUAUAUCCUGCGUCCGUCGCGUCGGGUGCCCUCCGGUCGCUGAUUAGCAGCCUCCGCAAUGAUCGGGAGGAUGUCGAUACUCUCAAGGUCGUCUUGGAGACCUUGUUGAUGCUAUUCUCGCCGGAUGCAAGCAGUCCCGAAGCUUCUGAUGAAAUAGCCCUAUGGCUAUCCGAUGAGUUCACCCAGCGACAAGACAAUAUUACGGCUCUGUUAGACCUUCUGGACACCCGGGACUUCUAUUCGCGCCUAUAUUCAUUACAGCUCAUGUUCCAGAUAUCGAGCGCCCGCCCUGAGAGAACACAGGAAUGUAUCUUAACAGCACCAUUGGGUAUUCCUAGGCUAGUCAGUGCCCUGGGUGAUGCGCGGGAGCCGGUACGAAAUGAAGCACUGCUACUUCUCAUCGCGUUGACGCCUGCCUCGGAAGAACUGCAGAAACUUGUCGCUUUUGAGAAUGCCUUCGAGACCAUAUGCUCACUGAUAGAGUCGGAAGGAGGUUUGGUACACGGAUCAGAGGUUAUUGAGGACUGUCUCUCACUUCUCGCCAAUUUGUUGAGACUAAACAUCCCUAACCAGUCUUACUUCCGCGAGACGGGCUGUAUACAGAGGCUGGCAAAGCUGCUCGCUGAUGUUAACCGGGAGGAGGAUCCCGAGGAGCCUACACCACAAUGGGCACUCGCUCAUCGGGACAAGAAUGUUUGGGGUCUGCUGGUCAUAGUCCAGCUAUUCUUGGUCAAGGGUGGUGUCAAUACUCCUACUAACCAAAUGGCGUUUUGGAAUACCGGUCUGAUGGAACAGAUCUUGAGCACAGCAUUUGGCCAGCGGUUUACGGUUAACGUGACUGCUAAGGCCCUAGCAACCUGCGCCGAUCUAAUCCGCGGCAAUCAACCGCUACAAGAGCGCUUUGGGGAUGUUGAGGUUUUCUGGGGUGCUGGGCAGGCUAAUGAUGGAGUAAAUGGGAACAAAGCAAAACCACUUCCUCGGAUCAACGUGAUUGAGGCGUUGCUCAAACUCUCGCUUGAGCCUGCCCCAAUCCAGCUUCUCGACGCGCGUCUUGCAGCCUGUGAUUGUGUCAAGGCAUUCUUCACUAAUCACACUGGAAUUCGUGUUCACGUGCUAGGAAGAGCGAUAAACGGACAUGUUAGCGGUCAAGACGAAAUCCCAAACAUCUUGACUGUGCUGCUGACGCCUCCGGAUCUGAGAGGAAACGCUGAUCCGUAUCAAACUUGGAUGGCUUCUAUAUUGAUGUUCCACCUAUUGUAUGAGAAUACUGAGGCGAAGUCAGUUGCUAUGGGAGUGACCGAGGGCGACGCCGAGAAUGGCGAAGAAGUGAUAACUUGCAUCCAGACAAUUGCGGGGAAUCUUAUCACGGGCAUACAGCGGGGAGACGAUGAGAGGAUAUCACUUGGAUAUCUUAUGCUCUUAUGUGGCUGGUUGUUCGAAGACCCUGACGCCGUGAAUGACUUCCUCGGAGAGGGUAGCAGCAUCCAAACUCUAUUGCAGGAGACCAAACACAGGGGUGCCGCCAACGUGCUCGUGCCUGGUCUCUGUACCAUCUUACUGGGUAUCAUCUACGAGUUCUCUUCAAAGGAUUCGCCUAUUCCUCGCAAGACCCUGCACAAACUCUUACUGGAACAACUUGGAAGGGAACAGUACAUCGACAAAAUAACCAGACUCAGGGAGUCUCCUUUGGUUCGGGAUUUCGAGGUCUUGCCUCAAACGAUAGGAGCAAACUAUGAAGGAGGGCUUCCCGACAUCUUCUUCGACAGGGUAUUUGUUGAAUUUCUGAAAGAUAAUUUCAGUCGCUUAACAAGAGCCAUUGACCGUGAGCCUGGACUCGAAAUAUCCGUGAUCACCAACGGUGUUGAACGAGGCGUUUCACGUGAAUUAGUCGACUCUCUCAAAUCCGAAGUCGAAGAAAGAAAUCAACUCGUUCAGAAGCUUGAAUCAGAGCUUGUGUCUCUACGGCAUAGGUUAGACCAUGAGCUAGCCGAGCAUCGCAAAUCUAGGGACUCUAGUGGGUUGGAAUUUACAAAACUACAGCAGAGUUAUGACGCGCUCCAGAAACGUUACGAACAGGAAUUGGCAGCAUCUAACGAGCAGCACAAACAAGCGAAGAACGAAUUACUAAAGCAGCAUGGAGAGCAGCUUCGAGCCAUCGACGCUCAGCUGCGAGAGACUUCUGCUGAUUAUGAAAGAAAGAGUGCCAAGUUCAAAGAACGGCACGAGGCUGAAGUGGCUGACCUCCAAAAGAAAAUCCGGUCACUCGAGUCCGAACUCGCUCACGUCAGAGACCAGUAUGGUAGUGAGACUCGUGAACUGAAGGCGCACAUCGAGGCUCUAAAGUCGGAGGCAGAUCGAUCCAGGGAACAACAUGCAGCCGAAGUCGCUGGUCUCAACAGCACCAUCCAGGAUGUUCAGUUGAAGGCUGGACAGGCCGAACAGUACAAAUCAGAGGUCGCUGAGCUUCAAGCAAAACUAGAGACUCUGAAUUCGGAGACGGGCCAAUCCAGGGAAAAGCAUGCAUCCGAAGUCGCUGACCUCAACAAAAUUAUCAAUGAUGUGCAGUCAAAGGCAGACAAGGCCGAACAGUAUGAGUCCGAAGUCGCUCAACUUCAAUUGAAGGUCGAGACCCUGCAAUCAGAAGUCGAAAGCACAAAGGAGCGGCAUGCUAGUGAAGCCUCCGAUCUCGAGAAGACAGUCCAGGAUCUUCAAUCAAGACUGGAUACUACGAAGCAAAAACAUGAGUCUGAAAUCGCCAAGCUCGAAUCCGCUAACGAGACGAUACAAUCAGAACUUAACACACUGAAAGAACAAUCUACGCAAGACAUCGAGGCCGUGAGGGAAGACUACAAUUCGAAGUGUUCCGCCCUGGAAAAUAGGGCCCAGCAAGCUGAAAGCGAAGUCGAAAGGCUUGAAGCCGAGGCACGAAAGACUGCACAGGCCCUUGAGGAAGCACAGAUGGCGCUCGAGAAGGCGCGAGCGGAGACCAAGGAGAAGGAAGAAGCCCGUCAGUCCGCACAAUCUGAACUGGAGGAUCUCCUCAUCGUAUUCGGUGACCUUGAGACCAAGCGCAACGAGGACAAGAAACGGUUGAAGGAGCUGGGCGAGGAAGUAUCAGAAGAUGAGGACGACGAGGAGGAAGAGGAGGAUGAGUAA